GGAUGGAGCCUCAGGGCUGGGGGCCACCCCUGUUGCAGGUGAACUUGCCAGGGCCGACGGGUGUCCCACCAGGAGGGUGGAAAUGCGGGUCUCAUCCUGGGUGGGGGACGGGGGGGUCUGUGUGUCCCCUCGGAGCCUUCCGCAGCUCUGCCGAAAGCGCUGGGUGUCAGUACCGCUGCGACCUGCGCUGGGGGAGACCCUGGAGGUCAAAGCCAGAGCACUGCACCCUGCCCUUUCCCUUGCAGCCCUUUCCCCAGCCCAGCGAGGCCCACGCUGAUCGGACUUCAGCAGCUUGGCGCAAGCAAAGUAAGUGGGAUUGCUUAAUAACCUGCUCACAGCCCUUUGCUGGCCUUGUAGGGUUAAUGGGUAAAAAAAGAUGCAUUGUUUUCAGCCAAGGCAGAAGCUGGGCGCUCAUGCCUGCCGGGGAGCUUGUGCUCUGCAUUAUAAUGCCGGCAGCAGUCUCAGCGACAGAGGGCUGCUGCCAGGCCCGGCCAUCACGCCUGCUAUGGAGUCAGGCUGAGGCAGAGCUGCUGCCUCUCAGGGCCCAGCUCCACAAGCCGUGCUUGCUUCAGUUAGGGUUUGGGGUAGGACUCCGACCUGCCGGGGGUUUGCCCUCAUGGUGGUGUGCAAGGGAAAGCAGAUGAGGGGUUUAAGCAUGCUGGGGAGGGAACACAGUGCACCUUAAAACUGAGGUCUGAGCAUUUCACUGCUCUUGAAGUUAAACAGCAGUUUUAAUAAGAUACCCUUGUGUCCAUGAGGGCAUUUCCUAGAAGCCCUAAGACUCACAGAUAUACAGGAACGAGAGGGGAAGGCAUUGCUCGUGUCGCUGAUCCAGUUUGAUCCACGCGUGGGUUCACCACGUCCUCAAGCAUCUGGCCAGGGGCUGCAGAGCUGGGUGGGGGGAGCCCAGGCAGGGCGGUGGUGGGAGAGUAUCAGAAAUGAUCAAAGCACUAUAAUUAAUGAACUGGUCUUAAAUCAGUGGGGGAACCCUGACAGUUGGUGUUUCCCUCGCCCAGCAGGUCCCAGCCCAUGGCUGGUCCCUCUGUGUUCCCAGAGAAGACGUGGGAUGGGAGCAGGCAGGGCGCAGGGAUGCAGCGUGGAGGCCCCCAGCUCCACUGCUGUCCCAGCCCAUCCCACAAACUCCCCUCUCCGCUGGCAGGUGACCUUGGACCCAGCAGGAGGAUGGCAAACUCAACACAGGGCAGCGGGGGCCUCCCAAGCGCGGAGCUCUGGGCCUGCCAUAACAGGAUGGUAAUGGAGCCGCUCGACACCAAUGACCCGGAGGUGUACAGAAUCAUCAAGAAGGAGAAGCAGCGGCAGAGGCUGGGGCUGGAGUUAAUCGCUUCGGAGAACUUUGCGAGCCGAGCGGUCCUGGAGGCCCUGGGAUCCUGCCUGAACAACAAAUACUCUGAGGGCUACCCAGGACAGAGGUACUAUGGUGGGACGGAGUUCGUAGACGAGCUGGAAAGGCUGUGCCAGAAGCGAGCCCUGGAGGCGUACCGGCUUGACCCCCAGAAGUGGGGUGUCAACGUCCAGCCCUACUCAGGAUCACCCGCGAACUUUGCGGUGUACACGGCCCUGGUGGAGCCCCACGGCAGGAUCAUGGGGCUGGACCUGCCCGAUGGGGGCCACCUCACCCACGGGUUCAUGACGGACAAGAAGAAGAUCUCUGCUACCUCUGUCUUCUUCGAGUCCAUGCCCUACAAGGUCAACCCCAAGACUGGCUACAUUGACUACGACCAGCUGGAGGAGAACGCCCGCCUCUUCCACCCCAAGCUGAUCAUAGCAGGUGUCAGCUGCUACUCGCGCAACCUGGACUACGCCCGCAUGCGGAAGAUCGCCGACGCCAACGGUGCCUACCUCAUGGCUGACAUGGCCCACAUCAGCGGGCUGGUGGCUGCUGGUGUGGUGCCCUCCCCCUUCGACCACUGCGACGUCGUCUCCACCACCACCCACAAGACCUUGCGGGGCUGCAGGGCCGGCAUGAUCUUCUACCGCAAAGGCACCCGCAGCGUGGACCCCAAGACAGGCAAGGAAACACUCUACAACCUGGAGAGCCUCAUCAACCAGGCGGUCUUCCCCGGGCUGCAGGGAGGCCCACACAACCACGCCAUCGCAGGGAUCGCCGUGGCGCUGCAGCAGGCCAUGACGCCCGAGUUCAAGGCCUACCAGCAGCAGGUGGUUGCAAACUGCAAGGCUCUCUCGGCGGCGCUGAUGGAGCUGGGCUACGACAUCGUCACGGGGGGCUCCGACAACCACCUCAUUCUGCUGGACCUGCGCAGCAGAGGCACGGACGGCGGCCGGGCUGAGCGGGUGCUGGAGAUCUGCUCCAUCGCUUGCAACAAGAACACGUGCCCUGGUGACGUCAGCGCCCUGCGUCCCAGCGGCCUGCGGUUCGGGACGCCGGCUCUCACCUCCCGCAGCUUCCGGCAGGAUGACUUCCGCAUGGUGGCCCAGUACAUCCACAGAGGGAUCGAGCUGACGCUGCGUGUGCAGAAGGACAUGAGCCCCAAAGCCACGCUGAAGGAAUUCAAGGAGAAACUGGAGGAGGAGAAAUACCGGGGGGAGCUGAAGGCACUGAAGGAAGAGGUGGAGGCCUUCGCGGCGACCUUCCCGCUCCCGGGUCUGCCUGUCCUGUAAGGGGAGGCACCUGUGCCUGCUCCCGGAGCCAUGGAAGCACCCGGGUUCACAGCACACUUGCACCCCAGCCCAAGACCACCACCCCAGUGCCUUCUCCCAGCACCUCCCUGCUGGCACUGACUGCAGUGCAGCAGCAGCUCCUUGGUGGGCUCUUGCCCCCCUCUCCCCUCCCAAUUGGGGCACAAGACCCACCCUGAGCUUGUCCCCUGCCAUGGGGAAGCCAGCCCUGUCACCACCCAGCAUUAGGAUUGGGACCAAGCACCAGGUAACCCUCAGCCUCACAGCUAGGCCCGGGUUUGAUCCAGGUUUAAGCAGGGCUGCCCAGGUUCACCCAGACACCCCUGCCCACCCCACUGUGCUCAGCCGCACAAGAGACUUCACAGCCGCUAAAACCCUCCCUGCUUUCUGCCUCGAGGAUUCCCCUCGGCGCACACAAGCCCCCUCUCCUUUUGUGCCUUCCAGCCUCCGCAGCCUUUGGCAAGGCCGAGCCUUGCCCCAAACCCACCAAGACCAGCCCUGCCGGGACCACCGUCCCAUCCUAGCCAGCAUCUCUGGUAUUUUCUCAGAUCUCUGAGCACAAAGCUUAGGUAGAACCAUUUUUUAAUAAGCACGG